AUGAACUCGCUGAACAUCCUGUCCUCGCGAGUCAUUGGCCAGACCUCUAGCUCGCCGCGUCCACGAUCACAUUCAACUGGCGAGAAGCGACAUGACUCGCGGCCGGGUGACUAUGGAAAGCUACGCUCAUACAGCACCGACAACUUCCGGUCGAGCAUCGUCUCCGAGAAGAGCUACGACGGAACCGCAUCACCCGCGGAAGAUGACAGAGACGAAGACACGACGCACGAAUAUGAUGAGAAAUCGCCUUUAAUACAUGAAGCUCAACACGAUGCCGCGCUUGUAUCCAAAAGCCCUUGGCGACUUAUUACCAAGCGCAUAUUCGACGCGAUCACGGAAACAAUCCAUUUCAUUUUGUCAACGCUUGCUGCGCCGGGUAUAUAUGUUGCUGAAUUCUUCAGAGACGAUGAUGGACGCUAUUCGCUUUUGACCCCGGUGCGAAAAAUCUGGAGACCAUCUGCCGAUAAAAGGGUCCGGCCGGAUAAAGGGGCGUCACGAAUAGAAGGCCGGCAACGAAGUAGCUCCACCCGCAAAUUGAAACCCCGAUCCUCGCAUGACUCUAUAAUAUCAACUACUUCUGAGUCCGACGGAGCCCAUCGGCACUCCCGAAGCCUCUCAAGCAGCGGGAAGGCACGGCCGAAUAAAACCCAGGACCACGACGCCAUACCGGAAGGAGAAAGCACACCGCGACGGUCUAUACGGAUCAAAUUGCAUAACGAGGAAUCUCUCAAGCGACAACGGCAGCGGCGUACGGCAAGCGCAGACAUGGGUCACCCGAUGCCCGAAGGUGUGGCUCGAGUCCAGGCUGGUAUGAACCUGGAUAGCCUCAAGUCUCCCACAUCUCCAUCUGUUCAUCGUAUCACCAAAUAUCCGCACUCUCCUACACCUCCGCGGCCUCUUCUCCCACCGCGAUUGCCUUCAUAUACAGCUGCCCCACGCAAUGCAAAGCUUCCACAGAAAACCUUAGUGCUGGAUCUCGACGAAACUCUCAUCCAUUCGCUCGCCAAAGGCGGCCGUAUGUCCAGCGGGCAUAUGGUGGAGGUCAAACUCUCAAUGCCUAUGACUACUGCUCUAACACCUGGCGGCCCGCAGACUACCAUUGGACCGCAACACCCGAUCCUAUACUAUGUACACAAGCGACCGCACUGUGACGAGUUCCUGCGCAAGAUCUGCAAGUGGUAUAAACUCGUGGUUUUCACGGCAAGUGUUCAGGAGUAUGCCGACCCCGUUAUCGACUGGCUCGAACAGGAGCGGAAGUACUUCCAGGCCCGCUACUACCGACAGCAUUGCACGCUCCGAAAUGGCGCUUACAUCAAAGACCUGAGCUCCGUGGAGCCCGAUCUGAGCAAGGUGAUGAUUUUGGACAACAGUCCGAUGAGUUAUAUUUUCCACGAGGACAACGCCAUCCCGAUUGAGGGCUGGAUCAACGAUCCCACGGACAAUGGUCUUCUACAUUUGAUCCCGAUGCUCGAAGCGUUGCAAUAUGUCACAGACGUCCGGGCACUGCUGGCGCUGCGCCGUGGCGAGAUUGAGACGUAG